AGAGGAGCAGCUGGCGACAAAAGUGAAAAGCGAUUUCAAUUGAAACGUUGUCGCAAAUUGAAAACUUGGAUUUGGCAGGCAACGAACGAAUUUGCUCAUAGUGCAAAAUGUCAAAUACUGAAGACAGCGAGCUGGACCCGCAAAUUCAGAUUGAACUAGAGAAUCUCAACAGCGCCACGGAUGAGAUUAAUAAACUCGAAAUCGAAUUGGAGGAGGCCAACUCAACGUUCCGCAUUCUACUGAAUGAGUCGACGCGCCGCCUAAAACUCUCCUCCAAGAAGCUAGGCAAUUGCAUUGAGAAGGCUCGACCCUACUAUGAAGCACUGGACAAGGCGCGCGAGGCGCAAAUCGAAUGCCAACAGGCAGCAGUCAAGUUCCAGCGAGCCAAUGAAAUCCAUGCAGCAGCCAAGGAAACUGUGGCAUUGGCCGAGCAGCGCUUUAUGUCCAACUCACACGAAUGGCAGUUCGACAACGCCUGGCAGGAGAUGCUGAAUCAUGCCACCCAGAAGGUGAUGGACGCGGAGAAACAGAAGGCAGACUGCCAUGCCGAACACCAGCGCCGCACGCGGCUCUUUCAUGGCGCCGAACAAAAGCUACAACAGCUCGAGGAUAGGUUCAGGCGCAGCAUAAACAAAUCACGUCCGUACUUUGAGGAGAAGCAAGUCUGUCAAGAUCAGCUGCAGACACAGAAGAAUCGCAUACAAGAACUGCAGCAGCAGGUGAGCAGUGCCAAGACGACCUACUCCACGGCUUUGCGCAAUUUGGAGCGCAUCAGUGAGGACAUACACAGACAGCGCGGCGAUUAUCCAGCGUUAAGCGGUUCUCCACCGCCGCCUGGACCACGUGAGCCAGGCGUGGGCGCUGAAUUAAAUACUCCCACCUCCAGUACGUUGCCAUCGCUGCCCGAUUUCCAGAUGGAGCUGGAGAAAUGCGACUUUCCAUCAAUAGCGGGUAGCCAAAUGUCACUAAGCGCUGGCACAGCUGCAACGGCAUCUGCUGUGGAGACAGAGGACGAGGCAGAGGAGGACAAUGUGUGCGACUAUGAUGAAACAGGAUUUGGCAAUGAGCUACGCGGCGUUGUUGAUGAACGCCAGUUGGAAGCGUUACGCCAAAAGGUCAAAAUACUCGCAGUGCGACCCAUCGAAGGAGGUGACGGUCAGCAGCAGAACGAUGUGUGGGAGCACGAGCUGAAGGCUACGGUUGACAAGCUCGAUCAUCUGAUGAUGCUUAAGGAGGCGGCCAAGCAUCAACAAAAUGAGCGAGCAAAAUCCACAGAGCUUCGACCAGAUUCACUAGGCGCCGAGGCGCUGAAGCGCCACACCGAUGUGGACGAUGUGGAUGCCAGGGAUGUUGUCAUCAAAGUCAGCACAGCCCCCACAGUGACAGUUACCCACAGCCUGCCCGUAACGCCGCAGCAUCAGCCCGGAACAAAUGCGAGCUCGAUCAAAAAGCUGCAGCAGCAGCUGGCGCCACUGCCAUCGGUGAAUGUUUCCAUGCGUGAGCUGCCACUUCUGGCCCGUUUAUCCAAUGAGUUGCUCGAUCGCAGCAGUGCUGCCAUGGGCAGCGUGCGCAGACAACUGCGACGUCGCUCACUCGAAUAGCAGCAGCAGCAAUUGGAACUAAGAAAGGUGUACCAGCAGCGGCAGCGACUCUUUGAAUCAAAUUAAAAGUUUGUUUAUAUUAAAUGAAUUGUGAAACGUGAAAAAGAAGUGAAUGAAACGCAUUUAGUUCACACAGAAUAUUGAGUACACAUACAUGCUUAAAUUAGCAUCUACAUUUAGCAUAAAUACUACAUAUAUUUUCGUAUAUAUUAAAAUAUCAUAAAUGUUUAUUAAUGUUGAGUGUCCUGCGUACUAAUUGUCUCUCAACUUGUUAAUAUAUCAAAUAAUUACUUUAUGUCCUCUUUUAUGUGAUUGCAAAACGAAAAUUGUAAUUUGUGUGACAGGCACUACAAAAUAAGCAGCUUUAAGUUAAUGUUUA